UUAAGGCGUAAAAAUCAUCAUGGCGACUGGCUGCAACUGAUUACUCCGUGUGUUCAAUGUUUUCCUCGAAUUAUUGACGAUUAUUCGUGAUUAUGUGAGGGAAUUGAGGGUUUCUGGGGCUCGUGAGAUGAUAAUCAACGGCUGUUGGGUGAGAAUGAUUGGAGAUUGUGGGGGACAACUCGGGGAAUUGACUGCGGAUUAUCGGGAAAGACUAGGGGGAGUGUAGGGUGUUGAUAGGAUUAUCCGAGAACCCUGAGAAAAAGUUGGAACCAUUACCAUGGCUAAAGAAAUGAUGAUAGUCUUCAUCUACGACACGACUCGCUGUCGGAAAGAGGACGACGACCCAGCGGAAGCAGUCCUCUACUUCCACCCAGCCUGGGUCUCAGCAACCCAGCGGCUAGCACUAGCCGGCCAGCUGAUGGGAGUCCACCAGUUCCUCUCGACCUCCUUCUCCCCCCCAACCCUGAUCGCCCUCCAGGGUGGUAAAUUCGUCCUGAAAAGAUUCAACAACUACAUCCUAGCAAUCGGCACAGACCGCAACAUCCAGGACUGGAUUCUGGAGCGUCGGGGCAACUUCCUGGAGCAAAUCCUCAAGUUCUUCCACUGCGACCUGGACACGAUAAACCACUCCCUCAACAACGACCGAAAUAAAUUCACCGAGAAGCUGUACCAGAUGCUGGAGACGUACCUCCCAAUCCUCCAGUACAACGCGAGCCUCUUCUCCUCGAUGCCAAUGAUAAAGCUCCCAAAAACCGCGAGCAACGUCUUCCUGGAGUCCCUGCAGCUCCUCCAGUACUGCCAGGAGACCCAGGGUAUCCUCGGCGGUGCCAUGUUCUUCAACAACAAAGUGGUGGCAACCCAGCUGACCCCAGAUCUCACAAAACAGCUGGUGAUAACAGAUCCUUACAGAAUAAAAGCCCCAGCAGACAGAAUUCCCACGGACUUCCACCUGCCCCUGGGUGUCCAGCUGCUGAGAGUCUACAUCCAGAGGAGGCAAGAGGACCCCCCGAAGCACCCCAACCCCAUCAACGACAAUCACAUGAGCAAGAAGUACAAGAAAUCGUCUUUAGCCAGUUGCGGAAUGAAACGAGACACUUCCAGGAUUUUCACAGUCCCUGAAGAAGGGGAGGCUGAUCCCCCGGAUAAUCCUGACAAUCCUCCACCCCCUCCAACAAUCAGACGAGGCUCCCUACCAGCCAAACAGGAAUUCAGACCCAAGAAUCGAGUGCAGCAUCCCCUGACACCUAGUGUCUGCUCAACACCUCUGAAGGACAUCAAUCGAGUUCUCCAUGAAACAGCUGUUUUGAUCUGCAAUACAGGGGAUGAAUCGGAGGAAGUGCCUCUGGAGGAGUCUAGGGGAACCCCCGGGGGUAUUGACGACAUCCCAGACGUCGUGAAGGAAGCCCUCAGGUGCAAGAGACUGAAUAAAUUGAGGUCUGGAGGGCUGGACCAGGAGAAGAAACUCAAGAAGAUAGCCUGGAUCAGGAGGAGCUCCAGUGUGUCAGACCUGGAGGACGUCGAGUCCUCGCACACCCCAGAUGACCGCCCGAAACGAAGGGGUCACUUCACAACGAUAACAGACCCCUGUUACCCAGUAUUCAAGUUUGAUGGAUCACCAGUGUCGCAGGAUCUGUAUGAUCACUACAUAUCUUGUCAUUACCAGGAGCUAGUUAAAAUCCAGAAGGUCUCCAAGGAUGUCUCAAAGCCUUUGUCACCUCCGCCAAGAGCCAAUGGAAUUGACUCGACUCAUUUGAAGGACUUUGAUGUCAUGAUCUCGAGUAGUCCACCUCCACUGGACGUGAGACUUGGCGAAGUCAGGAAGAAGCGCCAGGAGACGUGCAGAAGGUCGAUGAGUCUUCCCUUGAAGAGUCUGAACGCUCCAGAGGAGCCGGAGGACCGAAGAAAGUCGUCGUCAGAGGGGGUUUCUUUUGAAAUGCCCAUGAAGAAGAAGCUCGAGGGGCUCCAGUUGACCCCACUCAUGUCCAAGCUGAGUCUGCUGGUGAACGACGACAAGACCAGUGGCUUCUGCAGCAAGGAGACCACCCCAAGCGAGUACUGCGAUCUCUCCACGUUUUCCAGCAGAUUAACCAAGAAUAACAAUGAGGACGAGGACUUUUGGCUGGGGGAGAGGGAGCCUGGGACCCUGGAGAGGGCCGAGCUCUUCAUCUGUGGACACCAGAACAUGGUGAUGGUCCUGCUGAUGGAGGAUGGCACUGGAAAUAAUCCUGAGUUGAUUCAUAAUCUCUGGGAGACGUGUAUGAAUCACCUGGGGAGGCUGGAGACGAGAUUGGGGCACUGCAUGGAGCCCAUGCCCUCCAGCGAGCACAAGGAGCUCUACUCGGUCCUCAGCAUUGAUCCUGAGUGGGACACUCUCCAGAGGUCGGGACUGUGGGGGGUGAGUGAGCUGGAGAUUGCUGGCAAAAUUCACGAUAGGUUCAGGAAGGGGAGAAAUCUUACUGAUGUUAUUGUGAGAACUGAGGACACUGUGGUUUAUGGGAAUCAGUGCGGAAGAACUGAGGUUUUUUAUCAGCAGGGGGUGGGGGGAGGGGCAUCAGGUGGACUACCGACACCAGCGGAUCUCAUGGGAGUUGUCCCGUUGAAGGCGAAGAGAAGACUGGAACGGGAUCAUGGGAUUGUGAUUUUGUAAGAGAGUUUGAACCAAAGGUUGAUCUUGUCAUUGUUGAGUUGACUCAUUCCAUUGCACCUGUUUGCUACCUGAUGUGUUUUUGGUCCAUAUUUUUAUAAAACUGAAUGAAGAAUGACGAAACUUCUAGGUGGAUUGAUGAACUCAAAUGAUGAGUUUAUUUUGAAGGCAGAAGAGCAUGAAGAUUCUCCUGAAGAAGGAGCUGGAGAGGCUCCAGUUGAAGCUGUCUGUUGGUGAGCGACAACAAAACCAGUGGCUUCUGCAGUAAAGAGACUACUCCAAGCGAGCACUGCGAUCUCUCUACGUUGUCCAGCAGAUUAACCAAAAAUAAUAAUGAGGACGAGGACUUCUGGGAGGGAGAGGAUGCACUGGAAAUAAUCCUGAGGGGGAGAAAUAAUCUGGAAUAAACUGGAGUAAUCUGGGGAGGCUGGAGACGGGCCUGGGACUCUGGAUGGAGCCCGUGCCCUCCAGCGAGCACAAGGAGCUCUACUCAGACCUCAAUAUUGGAAAGUCAGAUGGGGGCGGGGCGUAGGUUGCGGACCACUUCCACCUACUUGCACGAGUUCACAUUUUCGCCACUCGACAGUAGCUCCUUAGGAGAGAUAGGACUCGCAACCUACUUACACGGGUUCCUAUCCCGUCCGAUAGAUAGAGUAUUCGAGUUCUAGACUUCCCAAUUCAGUAGCGAAGUGGUAAAGCGGUUUAAGUCGACUUAUCUCUUACUUGAGUUUUU